AAAGACUAUUACCAAGACUCAUGUUGUUCGCACGUCAAACAUCAGUUCAAGACUGGGGCUUUCCAAAUAAACGACGAACUUGUUGUAUCAAUUGGGUUCAGCAGUGAGAAACAAUUACUAACGGCUUAUAUUAAGAAACAUGGCAAAAGCGAUACCUCGCGUCUCGACACAACUGCUUGGGUCACUAUUUUGCUGUUACAUUACUAUCGUCUACUUGCUAUUGAUCAUCAAACAGAAUGGCAAGCUCAAUACGAAAUUUCAUAUCGGUGGUUAUGGAGCCAAUUUAAAGGCAAGGAGUCUGUUGAAAAAGAGGCAUUUGCUCUUAUCAGUUCCUUCGUAACGGAAUACUAUGUAGUCGAUGAACAAACCCACAAAGAUGAUGUUCAAUUCGUUAGUAAUUUGAAGAGAAAAGAAAAGCGAUUAGGGAAGGCAAAACAUUUGUCAUAUCUGGUGGUAAAUCCACUGCUGGGCAACGCGCUUGAGAUGAGAAAUAGAAGGGCUAACUAUUUCAGGGAUAAACAAAAUAAGGAAGCAUUAAAAGGCCUUGGUAAAUCUCUGGAACUUGAACCGGACAACGCUAAACCAAGCAAAUGA